CUUAUUAUUUUUAACAGAUCACGUGCACGCGCCCUUCUCGCAGACUUAAAAGUUUCCAGUGACUUCUAACAAGCUCGUGUUGGGAUGGUUUCUUCCUUUCGGAGACGGAGGGUGUUAAUGGGAUUUCUCUCCCCCUGCAUCACCUGAAGGCAGUCGGACAGUGAUCCGCAGGGCGUCUGCAGGCUGGAUGGACAACAUGUCUCCGCAGCAGCAGGACAGCCUCAGCCGUGGCGGUGGACAGCAAGGAAACAAGCGGCGGGUGAAGUCUCAGAGUUAUCGACGGCAGUCCGCCCCGUCUCUGGUCAUCACCAAGGCUCUCAUCAGGUCCAAGACUCUCUCCAGAGACAGCUUCCUGGUUCCCGUGUGCCCAGAGACGUGCUCAUUGGUCCAGUCCUUCCUCACCGGCUCUGAUAGGCUGUUUCUCCUCCACGGUCAUGCUCAGUUAAAGACCGGGAUGCAGACUCAGGACAGACACCUCUUCCUCUUCAGCGACAUGCUGGUGAUCGCCAAAGCCAAAUCAGCCAACCACUUCAAGCACAAGGCCCAGGUGUGUGUGCGGGAGAUGUGGACGGCAGGCUGCAUGGACGAGGUGUGUGAGGGGAGCACGAACCCAGAGAGGAGCUUCGUUAUGGGCUGGCCCACCUGUAACUGUGUGGCUAUGUUUAGCUCAGCAGAGCAGAAGGACAGUUGGCUGUCCCUCCUCAAAAGUCAGAUAAAAGAAGAGAAGGAGAAAGAAGAACCCAAAACAAUUCCUCUGAGAGUGUACGGGAAGGGAAUCAAUACUUUUGCUGUUACCAAGACGCUUCCGGUCAGCAACUCAGAUUCGACCAAUGAGGUGGUCCGGCUGGCUCUGCAGCAGUUCAGCGUCAUCGGGAAUGUGAAAGACUUCCAGCUGUGGGUCAUCUCCAAGAGGGACAACGCCCCCUAUCCUCUGAUAGGUCAUGAGUUUCCGUUCAGUAUCCAGAUGAGUCAUGUGAGGCACACGGCGCCCCAGGGCGGCGGCGGUGGCGGUGGCAGCAGCACGGCCGCAGACAGACAGAGGGCCAUGCAGGUGGAGCAGAUGCAGGUGUACAAGCAGUGCCAGUUCAUUAUGAAGCCUCGGCCUGUUGAAACACUGCAUGAACCUGCAGAUUGGUCUCAGAAGCCGUUUAAAAGAAGGCGUUCCCUCAUCACCUGGGCCUUCUGGCGAGGCUCCUCCUCUCACCUGAACGACCUGUCCCUGGCCAGCGCGGCCCGCGGCUGCCUGUUCGGCCGGCCGCUCAGCUCAGUUUGUGUCGAGGACGCUCUGCCAAAGCCAGUAAUGGACAUGAUGGCGUUUCUGUACCACGAGGGUUCAUGGACACGUGGGAUCUUCCGGCGGCCGGCGGGGGCUCGGGCUGUCAGGGAGCUGCGGGACUCUCUGGACGGCGGAGAGUUUCAACUUCCUCUGACAAGAGACCACGUCUUUCUCAUUGCCGGAGUCUUUAAGGAUUUCCUGCGCAGCAUCCCAAGCAGCUUGCUGUGUUGUGAGCUGCAUGAAGAAUGGAUGGAUGUGCUGGAGGAAGAGGAGGAGGAGGAAGAACAAGUGCAGGACGUAAAGAGGAUGAUUUUCCGCCUGCCCAAAGAAAACGCUCUGCUGCUGCGCUACCUGUUGGCCAUGCUGCGCGGUAUCCAGGGCAACGCCGAGGAGAACCAGAUGACGAGCUUCAAUUUAUCCGUGUGCAUCGCUCCCAGCAUGCUCUGGGCUCCUGGAGCGCCCUGUAGCCCUGAGGUGGAGGGAGAGGGAACUAAGAAGGUUUGUGAGCUGGUGAAGUUCAUGAUUGAACACUGUCAGCAGAUUCUGGGAGCGGAUCCCUCCUCCCUGUUCGGAGGGCCGCCACAAAGACUCAACACGGACGAGAUGGGAUCAGACUCGUGGCUGUACCCUCUGACAGACUCGUCCUACGACAGUCUAGAGAACGGGUUGGACAACAGCAGCGGAGGCUCGCCGGGCUUCUGCAGCAGCAGGCGCAUUAGAGCCAAACCACUACAAGGCAGCCUGGAGUCCAUCCUCACGUUCAGCGACUGCGACUGCGACUGCGACCCAGAUCUACAGCAGACACAAACUGACAGCCCGCUGGCUCUGAAGUUACACCCACUGGGGAGAACCAGAUGCAGGAGACACGACGCCGACCUCUCAAGCCCCACCCAGGAUGCACUGACCGUGGAGUCCACCCUGAACUUACUGUCUCUGGGUGGUCGGCACAGACAGCGGCGACGCUCGGAGCCGGCUAUAGCGUACAUGUCCAAGUUUGGCCCGUGUGUUCCAGGGAGUACUGAUGGUCUCUCUGGCGAGGAUGAGGAUGAUGAAGAAGAGCUCUCCAAGAAGCCGAGCAGCCACAGUCUCACUCGCACGCACUCCAGUGGUCAGAUCCGGAGGGGUGGAGGUGAGCCCGGCUCAGCAGCUGUGAAGGUGAGCUCCCCCAGUCUCUCCUCGACCCCCAACUCCCCUGCAGCAACCCGCUCCUCCCUGGACUCUCUGGACUCCCUCAGCGGCGACCACACAUGGGCGACCCGACCUGCGAUUCACCCAACCCGGACACAUCCACCCUCCAGCUCCCCCCCUGUCUCUGCUCCCUCCUCACCCGUAAGCUCUGCGCUGACCUCUGGUGGACAUCCAGACCUGGGUCCAAAAAGCUCCCCGCCCAAAGAAGCACUUAACUGGGGCACCUUAAAGGUUUGCAGGGGCCUCCACCCAAACUCAUGGCUGAAGAAAGGCCGGAGGCUGUCACUCACCCAACAAGACAACCCGGAGAAGGAAGAAGACUACAAGACGGGGGGAGGACCCGCGGGGAAAGCUGUCCCAGAGAAAGGCAAGGCAGGAGGGAAACUGAUCUCCAGCAGACAGCCCAAGCCCAAAAUAUCCUGCAGAGCCUCAAAAGAUGCAGCAGCAGGAAGGAGCCAUGUGAUGGGGAAGCCCCGACUGGACUCAUCCAGCCCCCCCGCUCACCACCGCUCUACGGGGAGUCUUCACGUUCCCAAGUCCACCUGGAUCAGUUCCUCAGACUCCCCGCUCAACAGCCCUGCAGUGAGUGACGUGAAUGAGCUGAGGCAGCCAGCGUUAUUCUACAAGCAGAGUGGGCCGUCUCUGUCCCUGUUCAAGCAACACAAGUCUCACUCUGUGGAGGAGCGAUGCAGCGGCAGGCUCCACAAGCGCCGGGAGUCUGAACCCGGGCGGCAGCUCGUGGACCGAGCCUCCAUCACACAGGCGAGGCGGCCCAGCGACUCCAGACUCAAGGUCUCUGAGGUGGAUACACAGGGGGGGAUACCAGAGUCCCGUUUCUGCCUCUCCCCCUAUGCCACCAAAGCAGUGAAGGACUACUUCUCCUCUCACCCGCGCAGUAACCCCCAGAGCAGCCAGCAGGUGGCGCUCGCCCUGAUGGAGAGUCGCAGGGAGUGGCUGAAGAGAUGCAGCGAUCCCUCCGCAGAACCAGACUUCGACCAGCUUCUGUUUGCUGAAGAGUCUUACGUCUGAGAGCGAGCGUGACGCGGAGCUAAACUGGAAGACAAAGAAUACACGUUAGAAAUACUUCACUGCUGUUUUCAACAUAAAAGCAUAGUUAUUAUGUGUCUGCUUUUUGGUGUUUCAUUAGACGACAUUGAUCUACAUCUUAGUCUUUCACAGCACUUCACAUUUAAGUAGUUUACUUUGGUAGAACAAACAAGGAGAAAGCAAAACCAGGUCCAUUUAGUUUUAAACACAUACUUAGAUAAGUACAUUUUAAACUUAGUGCCAGUAAGGGAACACGUUUGCUUGAAUGUCCUCAAGGCUGGAUUUACACAUGCAGAAAGAAUUCUACUUUGUAAUCUUAUAUAUAUUGAAAUAAUACGUUUAUCACAGUCUAAAUGAUGCAUCAUCUCACUUUUAAACUAUAUCAGGCCAAAGUUAAAACCUGCCAAUUUAAACUACCUGGUGUUGCCUUUUUACAGUAGAAUCUCUCAUUUAAAUUAACUUUAACUUCAUGAUUUAAAUCUCUAAAAAUAAAGCAUACGUACAGUUUAUAGAUGUUUAAGGAUUGCACUUAUUAUACUGAAUCUAUUAUUAAGUAAACAUGAGUUUUGAUCAAAGCAGACGCUUAAUAAACACAACGUUUUACAACUUUUAUGACACACGAUUAAAAAAUUAACGUACAAUAAUUGCAUUGGAACAUAAUUAAUAGGAGACAAUAUGUAAUAUAAUUAGUUUUGUUUUAGGCGUGUAGUGUAAAUGCAGCCUGGCUACACACUGACUUUAACUAGAACUUUGCUUUAAGUCAGUUUAAACAACAUCUUAUAUAAUCAUGAUUGUAGUUUUGAUUCCGAACCAUCUCUUCAUAUUACUGGUAGAAUCUUAACUUUAAUAAAUAUUUUACAAAUUUACACAAGUUGACUUUUGUAGAUUAAGGUCACGUGAUCAUUCGCUAUUAAUGAAACUGUGCUUUUAUUGUGAAAUCUAUACUGGUGUUCCGCAGGUCAACGAUACUAAAGUAUAAAAACGAUCAAGUGUUGAGUCUUUGCCCUUUAAAUAUUAUAACAAUAUACUUUUUUGUACACACAUUUUAAUCGCUUGUUGCAUUAGCGUUUACAUGUCACGUGUUCCAGCAGCACAAUUUGUAGGUAUGAUCCUUGUUUUCUAUUUGUUGCCAAAAAAUGUGUAUUUCACACACGCCUGUAUUGAUUAGCUUUCAUUACAUGCUCACAAUGCUCCUGUUAUGUAAAUAUGAUCCCUCGAGGAUGUUUUUCAAACUUUGUGUUAUGCAGCUCAGAACUUUGUUUAAAUAGGCCACAAGACUGUUGCUUUAUUAUAUUGUCUAUGAUCGAUUAUAUAAAUAUAUAUUCAUACGCUGUGUUAACAACCUGCUUUUACAAAUAAAAUGACCUGAUUAACGUGACACGUAAUUAUUUGUUUAUAUUUGUUGUGGAAGAAACACAAUAUUUUUCUUUCCAGCAGAAUAUAUAGAACUUGAUUCACAUGCAAAUAGAAAGGUGCUUUUUUUUAUGAAAUUAUUUUUCACUCUUUGGUUUUUAAUAGAAUGUAUUAAAACAAAUUGUCCGUAAGUUUGCUCGGUGAGCCCGCAGCGCAUUGAGGGGGAGAUGACAGCACUGAACAUGUUGUAUUAUAAGCUUCUCGUCCUGUAGUCUGUAGGAAAUGUUUAUUGUUAAUAAAUAUAUCAGCUGUUGGUGAAAUGUGCAUUGUUUCCAUCAGCGCUGUGC